CCAACGGCCAACAACGUCAGGGUGUCUCAUUUUUUGAUGAUCACCUCUGACGGUUCGCUGUAAGCAACUCUGCAGGCUUUCAAAAGGAUCCGGAUCUUUCUCCCACCUCGAGACCAACCAAUCUCUGCUCGCCUCCAAACAUCAAACAUCAAGCAUCAAACAUCAAGCAUCAGGCAUCAAAGAUGCUCCAAGCAAGUCGACGGCUGCUACAUGGACUAGCACCAGUAGUGGGAAGACCACUAGUAAGGCCAAGGUGGGAACAACCAGCUGUUUGUUGUACGACAAGUCGGAUAAUAGAUUUCACGCAUGCUCCUGCUGGUGUCCGAUGCUUUGGGACGGGCAAAAUUGCCGUACGCGCCAAAGAUGGCCUCUUGGUAGUGUCCAUUCUGGGACCACCCAAUGCCGGCAAGUCGACAUUGUUCAACCGAUUCUUGUGCAAAGAAUUGAACCGCGCGUAUCGCUUGACAUCGGAAAAGAAUCGGCGUCGCAAAGUCAAUAGUCAGGGUCGACUUGGAUCGUCUCGUGGUAAUAAUAGGAGACAGCGAGGAGGCGCCAUUGUGACGGACAUUCCCGGCACCACCCGUGAUCGACGCGAGUGUUAUGGACGAUUGGGGGGCACAGUCUUUCGAUUGGUGGAUACGGCAGGAGUCGAUGGAGAACGCAUCGGUCACUUGUUCAAGAAACGCCACAAACAAGAAGAAAAGUCGUUGGAUCGACACAUGAUUGAACAAACACUGGAAGCAGCGAAAGCAGCCGAUUUGGUGCUACUCAUGUUUGAUGCCCGCGUGGGGGUCACGUCCGAUUUGGCCGAAACGGCACGAUGGCUGCGCAAAGUCAAACACAACGACAACAAUUCAACAAAAGAACCACAACAACGACAAUGGAACAAAGAGAAUCAACACGUCAUGGUACUCGCCAAUAAACUAGAAGGAGAUCGCUGGCAGCAUGAUGAGAACAGUCCGGUCUUGGAUCAUCUCAGUGAAGCCAUGCGAGUGGGAUUUGGAGAGGCAGUCCCCAUUUCGGCAGAACAUGGCGAAGGAAUGGCGGACAUUGCUACACUCAUUGAAGAAUUGUCCCAGAAAAAGCGAAAAACCAUGGGAUACACACGACAAGAUGUCAUUACUCUUCCGACAGAUGAUGAUGAUGAUGAUGAUCACAUCCUCCAUAACAACAACAACAAACAAGCCAUGCAACUAGAAAGCAAGGAAAAGCCGUUGCAACUGGCCAUUCUGGGGCGACCCAACGUGGGCAAGAGCACACUGGUCAAUUCAUUGCUGCAACAGGAACGAGUCAUUGCGGGAUCCACUCCGGGACUGACACGAGAUUCCAUCCUGGUCGAAUGGGCAUGGAACGAUCGGCCCGUCCAAUUGGUCGAUACGGCUGGGAUUCGCAAAAUUACGCAACGAUCCACACAGAUUGAAGAUUUGUCCGUACAAGAUGCCAAUCGAGCCAUGAAAAUGGCGGAUGUCGCCGUUUUGGUAUUGGAUGCACAAGCGGGAAACUUGCAGCGACAAGAAAUGGCCAUUGCCGAUGCCGUUGUCAAAGAAGGACGAGCAUUGGUGGUGGCGGCCAAUAAAAUGGACUUGGUGGUCGAUGCCGGUCAAGAUGAUGGAGUCAGUUACACACCGGAAGAAUACGCCAGUGCCGUGUCGGACGAGAUUGAAGGACGACUUCCCAUGCUACGGAAAACUCCCGUCGUUCCCAUGAGUUCUCUCACGGGAGAAAAUGUACAAAAACUCAUGCCUGUCGUCUUUAAAGCACGAGAACGAUGGGAACGUACCGUCUCGACAGGAUUGCUCAACCGAUGGUUGGCCGACGUGAUAGUCUCCCAUCCACCACCUCCGGUCGAAUCAUCAUCACAGCGUGCCACCAAGAUCAAAUACAUUAUCCAAACCAAAGGACGUCCACCGACCUUUCUCCUCUUUUGCAAUGUCGGCCAUUUGCCGCCGCAAUACAUCCGGCACUUGGCGCGCAACUUUCAAGAUACCUUUCACAUGUUUGGAAUGGAGGUCCGGUUGGCCGUCAAGAAGAGUUCCAGCGACAAUCCGUACGAACCCAAAGGAUCCAGACGAGCAGGAUCGGGGUUGGGGGGACGGGGUGCUCGCAAGAAGAAAAUGAUACAGGCACUCAAGAAAACGGGAGCUCCGCCGCAAAAGAGACGAAAGCGAAAGAGAAAUUGAAGGAAUUGAAUGAAGUUUCACCAGAAGCCUGGCCUGGAACAUGGAACGCUGGCUAGCUGGUCUUUUAUCCGGAGGUGCCCUUCUUGGUUUGGAACCACCGAGCUAGUUCCAGUUCUCAACAAGUUCUUUGAAAUCCAAGUAAGCUUACAAAAGAAGAGUUUGAGAUGCUGUGGUGUUUCAGCCGCCUACUCUGUCAUUGUCCUUCGACCUCGCCAAGACAAUCGCAUCAGUUGCUCUGACUUCAAACCGCCCCACAACCAAAUAGUUUGAGCUACUAGUAGCGUGCUAGUUCCCACUUGUAGAUACAAAUCCUACAUGUUUAUAAUAUGAUCGUUUCUCGUC